AUGCGGAUCUGUGAACACCUACAGAAGAAUUCCAUACAACUCGGAGAACAACAUGGAUUCCUAAGUAAGAAGUCAACUCUGACAGCUUUAGUGGAGUUGGUGGAAUACAUCAUUGAUAGGCUCGAGGAGGGACAUAGUGUGACCGGUGUCUACCUGGAUCUGAGCAAGGCUUUUGAUUGCCUAGGUCAUGAGCUAAUCCUGGCUAAGCUCAGUAAGCUUGGAUUCAGGGACACCGCUUGGAACUGGUUCAGCAAUUACCUUCAAGACAGAGACCAAUUAGUUGAACUAAGGCACUUCGACAAUAAAGCGACCACCUUCUUCAGGUCAAGUCAGCUCCCCAUUACCAGAGGCUGUCCGUGCUGGGUCCUGUGA